AUGGGCGUUUCUGGAUUUCGCCCGCCUCGUGGAAUGUGCUUUGUCUUCCACUUUCGCUGCAAGUUUCGACGCCGGUACGUCCGGCUAUGGUCCGGCAGAACAGCCGCUACGUGGUGCGGCAGAUGCCACGCCAGACAGCAAGCAAAAAAACAGCAGAAUAACCGGAAGCACGGUGUACAGGCGCGCGCUCGAGCAGUCCUUUCAGUAGUCGUGAAGUUAAGCUUUCACCGAGGCCUCCUACACAAGAGACAGAGCGCCAGGCAAGACGACAGAACGCUUCGUGAAUGCUACGAUUUCGCCCAGCACGACAGUAUGAAGACUGUUCUUAUCACAGGAGCCUCAGGUCUGCUCGGACGACCCCUGGUUAGAGCUUUCCAGGCCGCGUCUUGGAGCGUCACCGGUCUCGCUCACAGCAGAGCAUCUGGAGAAUUGCUUAGCGUGGACCUCACUGACGCUAAGCUGACGGAAAAAAUCGUGACGGAGAAAAGGCCAAAUGUCAUCGUUCAUUCAGCUGCCCAGCGGUUUCCUGACAAAGUUGAGAAGGAUUACGACGGCAGCUAUGCACUUAACGUCACUGCAUCCAAAAAUCUAGCAGCUUUAGCCGAUGCCGUAGGAGCAGCGUUCAUCUUUAUAAGUACAGAUUAUGUAUUUGAUGGACGGGACCCGCCCUACUCCGAAAGCGCCAAGCCCAACCCUUUGAACAAGUACGGCAAAACGAAAGCAGAGGCUGAGCGAGCAGUGCUCUCUGCGAAACCAGACGCAGUCGUGCUACGCGUGCCCGUGCUGUACGGGGGGGAGGAGUACGUCGCCGAGAGCUCCGUGUCGGUCUUGUGCGAGCUGCUGAACGACCGCUCGAAGCACGUGAAGGCGUCGGACUACGAGAUCCGCUACCCUUCCCACACUGAGGACAUUGCGUUCAUCGUUGUCCAGCUUGCCGAGCGUGGACGUAAGGACCGGAGCGUGAGCGGCGUGUACCAGUGGUGCGGCCUGGAGCCACUCACCAAGUACGCCAUGGUGCGCGCCAUCGGUCAGGCGCACGGGCUCAGCACCGACCACGUGUCGCCGGACGCCGAGCCGAGCAGCGGCGCCCCGAGGCCCCGAGACUGCCGCCUCGAGCACUCCAGGCUGCAGCAGUUGGGCAUCGCCCGCCACACGCCGUUCGCCCAGGGCGUCGCCGGGUUCGCCAAGUUCCUCCGACCCGCCGCCGGGCAGCACCACGCGUGAAGCAUGCUGUUCUUGCUCGCAUAUACGACCUCGCCGGCCUUUUUUUGUAUCACUUGUGCAGUAUUGGAGGAAUGGACGCAAUGCACUUUUGUGCGUUCGCGGGGCAAUGGUGUGUGAGACGUCGACACCUUCAGUGCAUCUGGCUACGAGAGCGCAGGCUGUUGUUAUGCGUGGUGACUUGUGCCAUGGUCAAUCCAUCGCUGCGGAUGUCGGGCGUGUGUAUCACUAAACGUGCUGUCUCGUCUGUUCCUGCGGUGUAAUAUUUACUCUUUAUUCUGUCACCUUUUAUUCCCUUUCCCCAGCUCAGGGUAGCCAGCUGGUACUUACCCUGGCUAACCUCCCUGUCUUUCCUUCAAUUUCCCCCUCUCUCUUUAUACCGGUACGUUUUCAUAUGCAGUCGAAUAAUGUUCUUUGUGCGAUUUUUGUGUACUGCGCUCUUAUAUGCAAGUGACAGAAGUGAUAUGGAUCGCGCAUAAAUUCCACGUUUCUGUAAGUAUUGCGCCGAAAUCGAAUGGAAUUAUUUAACUGUAUAUGGAACAUUUUGGUCUGUGUGUAAUUAUGCAAAUUAUGAACCUGCACAUUGCUGAAGAAAAUAUAUGUUCAUCGAUUCCUGUGUAGCUUUGAUGUUGCUUUUGGGUGUAGAGUGGUAACCCGGUCCCGGUGGCAGCGAGCGCUACAUCUGUUUAUGUAUAUAUAUAUAUAUAUAUAUAUAUAUAUAUAUAUAUAUAUCUGCAGUUCAAUAUGUCGGAGUUGUCCGCUCUGUUCAGGCGAGAAUUACGCGGAGUAAUCACGAAGCCUGUAAGAACAUAGUGCAAAGUACAAUGGAAUUGCAUACUGCACUAUACAAAGCGCUGCAACAGGAACUGGCACAUGAUGACAACCUGGCCUCUCGUGUGCGCAUGCGCAGUAGCGCCGCAUUCGUGUCGCUUACGGGAUUCACAGUCUGCCACUACUCGUGCGUUGUACGCAUAGGACCUGUGUAACGAUGUCGAAACUUCGACGCUCUCAGUGAGCCGACUCCGCAGUCAUUCCGCAAAUACAUACUUUUUCACGACAUAUGUAAGCCUACAUUUUAAACAUGUGUGCCUUAGUUUCUAAGCGUUUGGUGACAGUGUGAUAGAAACGUACAAACAUAAACCAAGCGUAGCGUCGACCAAGUGCUCGAGUUCAAAGCAGGUGUCGCUGGUGUGGAUUCGUGCGCGUUUUUCUUUUUUCCUACGUUUCCCGCACAGCAUUUGCUUGCAAGGAGGUGCUAGAAAUCGAAAGGUUGUGAAUGUGUUUUUGAAAAAUAAAUAUUGCAUUCACAUUGUAUUUUGUUAUAAAAUAAAGCCUUUUGUGACAUCAUA